CAAGCGUUACGAUGACUCAUGUUGGGCGACGUCCUCAGUACUAACUACACUGCCAUCGCGUAUUAGUGUAUCAAAAAUCGCGUAUGAACUUGAACACAAUAGCGCAACAAGAUGGGCAGUGGUGCCUCCGCAGUCGCUUCUCCAUGCCUUUCUCCGAAGCAGGAGAAGAAGCCAGUUUCCCUGCGGAAGGCAGCGGAGUCGACAGCGGCGAGCUACUCCAAUCGGGCAGACAAGUUCGCAGAUUGGGCGGAAUCGAAGGAAAACGCGGACGCUGCGCGCGCAGCGAGGGGCAUCCUUUUGGAGGAGUUGGCGAAGAUUUACCCCAUUGCUGAGUCCGCCUUCCUGGCACCCAGUGCCACCUCGCCCGGGUCCGCCCACCGCGCCGGCAGCUUCGGGCUUGCCGGCGACUUCGUUUCGAAAAGAAUCGUGUCCGGCGCUGGGAAGAAUGACGGCCGGUUCGAGCGCAAACCCAACGCGGAAUUUUUACCGGGAAACGUGGACUUUCACCAUCGCAGUGGAAAAAUCAAAGCGGGAUCAGGCGGGUUGACAUUGGGCGGUCAGCAGGAUCGGCUAGGGGAAAUAAACCAGGAUUCAAAUGAGGACCCUUCCUCCGAAACGGAGCGCGAGCCGCUGGAAGCCGGUGUUUUGGCAGUGAGAAAGACCAGUCUGAGUCCCUCCGGAGGUUCCUCGUCGUCCAAAAGAAAUAAGAAGAAGACCAGAGCGCAACAAGAGGCGGAGGCGGAGGCCAAAAAGAAUGAACCCACGGACACGCGCGGCCGCCCGUUGGUCAAGACCAGCCGCCUUGCGCAGAUGUACUUCAAGUUCCAGAAACGGAAGCUUCGGGUCCGCGCGCGCGGGACCAGCGCCGCCGCACUCGCGAACCUGGAUUUGGUGCAGUGGAAAGAGAAAAAGGCCGACUACGCGGAAGUGCUCCGCAUCCUGGACGUCGGCUGCGGUAGUGGGCGGGACUUGGUCGCCUUCAACAAAAUUCCCUUCGUCCAUUGCGACGGGGCGGAUCCGUGUGCGGAGCUGGUGCAGAAGGCCCGGUGGAAUCUCGAGAGGAACGUGUUUAACCACCCCAGCCACUACCACGAUUAUGCGGAGGGGAAGAAUACCUAUGGGAAGAGAACUUUGCUCAUCCAGAAGCCGCGGGUUUUGAUCGCCGACGCGGCCAGCCUCGUUGGACUGAAUCGGGAUGAUGAUGCGGACGAGGACGAGCAGACCGACGAGGAGGAUGGAACUAGAAGUAGAAUCGAGGAAAAAACAAGCAAACCAUAUGAGCCCGCCGGGCCGACGAUCACGCGGGUUUCGGACCAGGCGAAGCUCCCCCGGAACAGCUACCACGCAAUCUUCGCGCUCUCCAGCCUGUUUCACGUGCCGAACGAGCAUCUCGCGGCCGUGUUGCGGAAGCUGAUCCUCACCUACUUGACGGACGUAUCUGAAGACCGCGCGGACGCGGAGUACGCGGGGGACAUGCGGCGGACCAUGACCAGUCACGACGACUAUCGCGACGACGACAGCAACCCGAACCGGAGCAUCGGCGGGUACCGCCGGAAGGUCGGGUUCGAAUCCAUGAAAAUCGAGCCGAACAAAGAGCUCGACUGGCACAGCGAAGAGGUGAACGGCAUGAUGUACACGGUGCAGCUCCGGCUGCCCCAGGGCUACGGCUUGCAGUACAACGCGCCGCGCGUGCCCGCGAGCGUCCGCUACGGGACGACGGAGCAGGACAAGCGGGAGUUUCACAUGGAGCCGCCCCUGGAAUCGGAGUACAGCGGUUUGAAACGAAGACCACUGAUUUUGCUCACCUACCCCACCGGCAAAGUGAAGAAGUCGCUGAAGAAGCGGUGUUUGGAAUUUUUGCACUUGAAGAAAAAACGGGUGCAUUUCAACCAUUUCAGUCACGACGGGCGGUGGCUGAGCGGCAUGAGCAAGGAGAAGUUUGUAAAAAUGGUGGAGGCGAUCAGCCUGAACGAAACGGAAGACGACCAUACCGGGAAUACCAGUAGCGAUGACGAUGACAUGUACAUCUAUCGGGAGGAUAAGGAGGCUCUUCUCGGGCCCGAAACCGAGCAGGAGAAGUACCUAGCGCAGUUUGCAUCGAAGGAAACCUUGAAACGUAAAAGAUGGCUCAAAGUGAUUCGCGUCGAAGAAAAUUUCAGGAUCUACAACGGCUCUUGGAAUCUGUAUGUCAUCCGCCUGCAGUCUGCUUUCCGAUAUCGGUGUGCUUUUGACAUCUGUCUCAUCUGUCUGGCUUGUUUUGUUAAUUUUGUUCCGCUGAAAUGA